AUGGAUGAACGGGAGCACACAAUCGUUGACCACACGACCAUGUCCAGGACGCCCAGACAGUGGAUAUUCACCGUCGUGUCUUUGCGCGACUCUGUUGAGAAGAGACACGGCAAGUUGGACCACGCAGGGCUGGCUUCUUGGAUCAAAGAGAACGUGAACUUGGCCGUCGGCCAGAUGGACGACGGUAUCACGACCACCUUCGUGAAGAGCUGUGUGGAGCUCUACGAUGCCUUUUACGUGGACCACCCGGUCCUGGGCGAGAUCGUGAACGCCCACGAGGAGGAGUUUGGAUUGAACGUCGCACUGGACUCUGUGCCGAAGAUGUAUUUGGUCGUCAGCAAGUGCCGCACAGCCCAGAACAUGGAGUGGUGCUUGCGCGCCGUGACCGAUGCCGUGAAGGCACAGCUGUACAAGCCAGGGCAGUUUAGCCAUGCCUCGCUGAAAGGAGAGACGGGCUCCAAGGGUUUUUUGGACUUGUGGCUUGCGAAGCUGCAAUUGAAGAAAUACUUCCUGGGCGAGUUCCUUGAUAAAGACUUCGGAAACGGCAGCUCACACAUCAAGGAGGCGUUUCGCGACGUCUACGCCGGCUUUCAGGAGUACCGUUCUUUUGUUGGCUUCGGGGAAUCCCAGGACCGGUCAUGGCAGCAGACGUGGCCCGCGUCUGCUACAAUGGCUGCACGUCUGAUCGAGGACGUCCUCUAUGGAAAGCAGCAUGAUGCCACGCUCAAGUACUUGCUGAGGAGCAAGAAGACGCCUGAUGAGAUCCUGGAGGCUGAGAAAUUCAACGCCAUUUUGGAGGACAUCGACGAACAGCUCAGCCAAGAAGCGGAAUCCAGGGACAAGAAUGAGGGGCACGUCCCAGUUGCUGCUCGGGCCUCCCACGAGCAGGACGCGGCUGACCCCCAGGAUGAGGCUGAGAUGAACCGGGAGAUGCUUCUGAAGCUGAUUGACGAGGUCCCGGAUGAAGUGGACGGCGAGCUACUGGACGAGUUCGCCUGUUUCAGGAAGCAGGCGAAGGACACGGCUCACAAGAUCCUGUUGAUGGUGGAGCCGAGCACGAGCGGUCAGGCUGCCACAGCCAUCGCAACAGCCCUGACCAAGAGGAGCGAUCAGGACAAGGAUAAGCUGACCGUGUUCGUCUACAAUGUCUGCUUGUCCGGCGAGGCGGUGACGAACCCCAAGGUCAGGAAGCCGCCGCUCCGGGACCACUACCGCAAGAUGAUCUCUGCGGCCUUGCAGGGCGUCAAGAGUGACAGCUCCAUCCCCCCGGGAGUUGUGUUUAUCGUGCUCAAUGGUGGGAAGGAAGGCUGCGAUGCUACGAUCCAGCAAGUCUUCAACAAGGACAAUGCUGGCUCAGCUUCCCAGGGCUAUGAGGCUGACGAGAAUGCGCGCAAGAAGGCCAAGGCCGCGCCGCCUCUGCAGAAAGUGGUCCAGAAGAUUGGCGUCAGCUACGCGGAGGAGUCUCUCAGUGCCAGACGGGACAUCACACGAGGCUGGGCGACGCUGGACCAGGACGAGACGGUGUACUUCGUCUCGCAUGCAGCGUUGGAAUCCGAGAAGAGGCCGCGGGUUAAAUUCCCCGGCACGACGGCGGGGAACAGAAUCACUCCGGUCCCCCUUCCCGGGUACGACGAGGUUUGGAAUCUCAGCUUCAAGCAGAAAAAGGAGCUCUUCGGCAGCAACAGGGUGGCAGUGGGAGGCAAAACCAAGAACGACCCGCAAAAAGCAGUGGUGAGGCCCGAGGAGGGUUUGGAGCCGUGUUUCUUCCAUGAGCAGGGCGAUGACUUGAUGGCCGA